AUGGUUGAACUCAAGGUUUUAGAGAGGUGCAGACAGGGCCAAAUUAAGAAGCAAUGUUGGGCCAAGGAAAGAGCUGUUGGCACCAGUAGACGCACUUGGCCAGAGUGUUUCUUAGGGGAAGGAGGAUUUGGACGUGUCUACAAAGGGCAGCUUCCCAAUGGUCAGGUCGUUGCUGUUAAGCUGAACCUAUCCUUACCCGAAGUCCCAAAUCGAGAAUUUUUGGUUGAGGUUCUUAUGCUUAGCCUUCUACAUCAUCCUAACUUGAUGAACUUAAUUGGUUACUGUGCUGAUGGGGAUCAGAGGCUUCUUGUCUAUGAAUUUAUGCCCUUGGGAUCAUUGGAAGAUCACCUUCUCGGAUUUGAGUUUUUUGAAUUUUGGAAGGGGGUUUUGCAGGUUUAG